AUGGAAAAUAUGUUGGCCCAACCUGCUGAAGGUUUAGAGACACCAAGAUCCAGUACUGAAAUUGUUUCUAAGGUCCUCUCACAAACCAGUGCUGCUUCUACAUUCCUGAAGAAUGCUGGUCUUCAAACACCAGGGUCAAAAUCUGCUAGAUCAGUUGCAAGAGAAGCACAACUUCAGGAACAGCUACAGGCAGAGAAGACGUGGGCUGAUCUACUUCAACAAGAACUGGACACCUUGAAGAAGAAAGGUGAAGAAACGGAAGAUGCAUUGGCCAAGACCUAA